AAGGAUUAGAAAUGGGUGAGCAUGAAAGGAAUAAGCAGAAGCAAAAGAGUGGAGGAGGAGAUGCCGUCGGCAACGUUGAGUCUUCCUAUCGUUGAUCUGUCCUCGCCCGAUCGCCCUUCCACCGCCAAAUUGAUCCGCCAGGCAUGCAGUGAGCACGGGUUCUUCUACAUAGUGAACCAUGGGGUGGAGAAAGAGGUGCUUCUGAGUGUGUUUGAGGAGAGCAAGAACUUCUUCUCACUCCCAAUGCAGGAGAAAAUGAAAUACCCUCGCAAGGAACAUAGAGGUUACAAUCCCCUCCAUGCUGAGAAACUUGAUCCAACUUCUCCCUACAAAGGUGAUUCAAAAGAGAGCUUCUACAUCGGUCCUUUAGGAGAUCAUGCAACUGAGAAUCUGAAUCAAUGGCCUUCCAAUGAGCUACUUACAAAGUGGAGACCCACAAUGGAAUCACUUUAUUGGAAAGUCUUUGCGGCUGCAAAAGAGACAGUGUCUUUACUGGCCAUGUCUUUGAACCUGGAAGAUGAUUUCUUCGAGAAGACUGGGGCUUUAAACUCUAACAGCCCAGAAGCUUUUCUUCGCCUUCUGCGCUAUCCAGGUGAAGUGGUAGCUGAUGAAGAGACAUAUGGAGCCUAUGCCCAUUCAGAUUAUGGCAUGAUAGCUCUCCUCAUGACUGAUGGAGUCCCAGGGCUUCAGAUUUGCAAAGAGAGGUCGCAGCAACCUCAGGUGUGGGAGGAUGUGCCUCACAUAGAGGGGGCCAUUAUUGUGAACAUUGGAGAUAUGACAGAGAGGUGGACUAACUGUGUGUACAGGUCAACACUGCACAGGGUUAUGCCUACAGGAAAAGAACGCUAUUCUGUGGUUUUCUUUUUGGACCCAAAACCAGACACUGUUGUGGAAUGCCUUGAAAGUUGCUGCAGUGAAUCAUCUCCGCCCAGAUUCCCACCAAUCCGCAGUGCAGACUACUUUAAGGAGCGCUUCAAGCUUACAUAUGGAUCAUCCUAGAAAUAACAUUUCAUUCAUAUUUUUAUUAUGAUGCUUUAAAUAAAAUGUUGUGAUCCAACGCUACCAGCUUCGCAAGAAGAUGAUCAUUCUAAUGCUUUCCAUUCUAAGUGUAAUGGUUUUUAUUAUUAAUGAUUAAAGACCUGUGUUUGGAUGGUGAAAAAUUAAGAAGGAAAGAACACUAUGAGAAAAAACUUUUAAUAGUUUUGAAA